GAUUCUAGGAUAGAACCUGCUCUGAUCAAAAUUGGAGGGUUUCUUUAUUAAAGGGAUGAUAGUGCUGAAGAAUAAGUUCUUGAUCAACAUAGUGGACGAAUACAACCGUAGUCAACGCUUACAAAGAAUCAAAACUAGAAACUUUUUGGCUUCCUCUUAAAUAGUUGCAACAACAAAAGCUAUAUUUCAAAGUUUGAAGAUCCAAAUUCAAAGAUAGAUAUGGUUCUUGAUUUUGAGGUCACAGGAAAAAUAAAAUAAAAAUUGCUAGGAGAACAGGGCCGAUGAUGGUUUACCUAGAGAUGGUCUCGAUGACCAAACCUUACUGAAAGAGACAUAAGACAUAUGUCUCAAAAAAAUUAAAUAUUCCUAGAGGAAGAGGUAGAUAUGGUUCUUUAAUGUCAUUUGUCAACUUGUUAAUGAAUAGAAAAUACAACGGAGACUUUCCUCAUGGUUUUACAUCGAUGCAUGUCACGUCUUCUAAGAUCCUAUAUCAGUUUUGUCGAUCAUUGUUCAUCAUCUUCUUCAUUCUUCCGGAGACCUGACAGAGAUGGUGAGUUUCAUCAGCGCGUGGUGUUUAGUGAUCAUCUCAUUGUGUUACACUCAUGUCGUUGCCCGAUUGGUUUCAAAAGGGAUGAGAAGGAUGAUACUAUUCAUACCAGUCUUCCUCUAUUUCUUCGUAGUUCCUUUAUCACUGUCCACCAUACAUUCAAUAGGCAUCACGGCUUUCUUCAUCUCCUGGCUCGCUAACUUCAAGCUCUUUCUCUUUGCUUUAGGACGAGGUCCUCUUGCUUCAGACACUAAACCCUUAUUAUCUCUCCCUAUUUUCUUAGCUGUCUCUUGCUUGCCCAUCAAGAUUCCUCUGAGCCCUAAACCUACCACAUCUUACUCAUCUAGAGAGGGUCUCUUGUAUUAUACCAUCAUGGUUACUCUUUUGGUUCUUAUGACAAAAGUCUACGCGUAUAACAACAAACUCCCUGACAAAGCCGUAUUGACACUCUACGCGAUUCACAUCUAUCUCUCCCUCGAGCUCAUCCUAUCUGCCACAGCCACCAUGGUUCGAGCUAUGUCAAGUCUUGAGCUAGAGCCACAGUUCAACAAACCCUACCUGGCUACAUCACUUCAAGAGUUUUGGGGCAGACGAUGGAACCUGGCUGUCAGCGGAAUUCUAAGGCCUACUGUCUACGAACCGAUGGUUCAGCUGUUCUCUGUCUUGGGCCCGAACUGGUCGCAGGCCCCAGCUGUUUUCGCCACGUUUGUUGUCUCAGGUUUGAUGCAUGAGCUCAUCUUCUUCUACCUGGGAGGGUUGAUGCCGGAUUGGAAAGUAAUGUGGUUCUUUCUUGUACACGGGCUAUGCACUACUGUGGAGAUAGCCGUCAAGAAAAAAGUCAACGGAAGGUGGAGGUUUAUUCCGACAGGAAUCAGCCGUGUUUUAACGUUCGGGUUUGUCAUGGUGACUGGUUUGUGGCUGUUCUUGCCAGUGUUUAAGGGGGGAAACAUAUUUGAGAGGAUUCUUGAAGAGUACGCAUAUGCAGGCGCGGUUGUAGCAGAGCUCAAGACCAUCAUCGCUUCUCUAAUUUUAAACACUUAAAAAGAUUUAAAACAAAUCUUGAGUAUUUUUUAUUGCAAUAACUCUUUCUUUGUUUUCUAUUGCUAUAAAAAAAUUCCAAAGUUGCUGCAUAAACCAUGCAUGAUUUAAGCAAAUAGUGGAAGUUUAUAAAACUAUAAUUUAAACA